ACGGCGGAGGCAGAGCGAGCCAGCUCCUCUCAGGUUACACCGACGGGCUCACGAGACUUUCCGUGCUGCUAGGGCUUUCCAGGAAGGGAAGGGGUCCAGUCCUCCACCCUGGAUGGCGCUGCUGCAGCUACUCUUCGGCUGAGUCUGGCCGGCAGCGUACCGAUAGCUCAAGACUCCUUGGUUCUGGAAGACGCGUUGAUGGGGUUGUUUGAUUUUGUUUUGGGCUGUGCCAGUCGAGAUAAUUGCAAUUGCAAUGAUGAUUUGUGCGUGAUUGUGAAAAGUGGUGUGUGUUAGGUCUUCCGACUCGAGUCAACAAGUUGCACCAAUCCACAGAGAGAGAAAAGAUAUGGCAUCAUCUAUUUCCAAGUGCUGUCCUUAGACAGAGUUUUAAACUAUGGGUGAUUUCUAGGAACCACAUAAAUAAAAUGAAUAGAAAAAUCUAAUUGACGUCAAUUAGACCUUAAAAACUAAAAUUACGCCUGGAAGUAGAAAAGAAAAAUUAGUUCGAAAGUAACGAUAACGACUACAAUUACUAUACGCAAUGGCUUCAUCUGGCUAUAGUGAAAUACCGGGAGUCUACAGCGAGUCGCCUAGGCCUAUGGUGAAUGUGAGGAGAACAAUCAGGUCAUACAGAUACUGCCUAGCAGCCUCUUGCUUAGUAGUGAUCGUGGUGCUUCUCUCAGCCCUGGUGUCAGUACUGAUUGGUCAAAGCAUUGAAAAGGCUGCUCAAGAACUCACUUCGCCCGCCAAUCAGUCGCUUGUGACGCUUUUGUCAUUAACUUGGCCAAGAAGAGAUGACUCAUGGUACUGUCAACGUUGGAGACACGCCAUGUUGCGCCUGGCUGACGACCCAAGCCAAAAAGUGUACCCAGACCUCCCACAGGACCCGGCCGACCCACACAACCCGAACAGCACCCUGUGGACCAGGCCAGACAAUUCGACUUUUCCCAAAAACGAUACCUGGAAUUGGAACAGACAGGCAUCUCAAGGUCUCAAUUGGACCAGCUCUGAUAUCUCAGACUCGUUAGCCACAGGUUCCAAGAAGCAGAAGGAAAUCACGAAGAUCGAAGACAACAUCGCCAAGAAGAACCUCAGCUUGGUCAGAGGGUCUCCCUCCUACAAGCAUCAGGUUGGCUUCAGGAAAACAGAUCCUUUGGCCACUAAGAUGGCUAAGCAAGGAUACCUCAUGGACCACGCCUCUGCCGACAUGAAGAACAGGACCAACAUGACCCGAGAGCACGCAACCUUCGACAUGCAAUGGGCAGGUGACCUCUCGGAGUCGCCCUACUGCGACAAGACCCUCCUGCGACCUAGGCCAGGCCCCUGUGACCCCCACGCGCGCUACAGGAGCGUGGACGGAUCCUGCAACAACGUGGAUCAUCCGCUGUGGGGCGCCUCGUUCACUUCCUUCAGGAGAGCCAUGCCUCCAGACUAUGGCGACGGUGUGUCAUCGCUUCGCAUAGCCUACGACGGAGGUCAGCUUCCCAGCGCCCGAGAAAUCAGCAGCAAAAUCCACGUGAACAAACCAGCCGAAUCUCAGUCCUACACCAUUUUACUGAUGGCCUGGGGUCAGUUCAUUGACCACGACAUCACAGCCACGGCGUUAGCUAAAGGUAACAACGGCAGCAGCUUCCCUUGCUGUACGCUGGAGGUGUCGAACAACACGCCCAGUCUCCUACACCCUGAAUGCGCUCCUAUAAGGAUCCCCGACGACGAUCCGGAUUACUCGCCCUUCAACCAGACCUGCAUGGAAUUCACGAGAUCGGCGUCUGCACCUCGAUGUAUAUUCGGACCUCGGGAACAACUCAACCAGCAAACGGCUUACAUCGACGGAUCCGUGAUUUAUGGCACAAAAGACGAAGAGCUGAUGACUCUCAGAACUCACGUAGAAGGCUUGUUAUCCACUCAGGUGACUCUCGACGGAAGGGAACUCCUGCCACCUUCUUUAGAUCCAGAUGACGGAUGCAACACCGAAGACAAUUACAAAUACGACCAGUACUGCUUCAGAUCAGGUGAUGCCCGGGUGAACGAGCAGAUUCUCCUGACCGCCUUCCAUACCAUAUGGGCACGCCAGCAUAAUCUACUUGCCACAACUCUGAGGGACCUUAAUCCUGACUGGGACGACGAAAUGCUUUUCCAGGAGACGCGUAGGAUUGUCAUUGCCCAAAUGCAACACAUCACCUACCACGAAUAUGUACCGAGUAUCCUAGGUCCUAAAUUUAUGAAAUCUAUGAAGCUGAGCCCGUUAGUUGGCGACCAACAAACGGAUGAUUACGAGGAGACGAUGAAUCCUUCCAUAGCAAAUGAAUUUGCAGCUGCUGCUUUCAGAUUUGGUCAUAGCCAGGUGCAGGGACUCGUCCAGACCGUAGACGGGUCGGGGAAAAACGUUGCGUUCUCCCAGCUCAAGAAGUACUUCUUCAACCCUUUCAUUCUCUACAACCCAGGUGAAAUGGCCAAUUUGGUAAGAGGAGAAGUGUCCCAGAGCGCAGCAGCUGUUGACACAUUUUUCAGUUCCCAGGUCAGUCUUCACCUGUUUCAAGGUAGUGAAAAGAUCGGUCUAGACCUUGUCUCUCUCAACAUCCAGAGAGGGAGAGACCACGGUCUGCCUUCCUACAACAGAUGGAGGAUGUAUUGUGGACUGAAGCCUGCUUCUAACUUCUCCGAUCUCGUCGAAGAUAUGGACGUAGGGGCCCUGGCAACCAUCAUGAAGACUUACAGGCACAUCGAGGACGUCGAUUUUUACACGGGAGGCCUAGCAGAGAGGCCUAUUGAAGACGGUCUAGUUGGGCCUACCUUCGCCUGCGUCCUAGCAGACCAAUUCCUUAGGCUUAAAAGAGGGGACAGGUAUUGGUACGAGACGUCAGAUGAACCACAGGCUUUCACGAAAGACCAACUCGUCCAAAUCCGCAGGAUAUCACUCUCAAGAAUCCUAUGCGACAACGUCCCGGAAUUAGGAUCCAUCCAGCGAUGGCCGUUCAGGACCUUCUCCACAGGGAAUCCUAGGCUCCCUUGUUCCUCCCAGUCCAUCCCUAGGAUGGACUACGGCGCCUGGGAAGAAGGAGACCUCUUCUCAAGGGCGUACCUCCUCAGUCCGGACGUUAGACCUAGGCUUUCGGAUAAAGAGCCAUCUGACGUUCCAUUGUACAAAGGAUAACGUUUAUCAUAAGGUCUCUAGUGCAUUUUCUAUGGCAUUUUAU